AUGGCCGCCGAGAUCAAGCAGCAGGGCAUUAUCGAAACCGCCCAAGCCGCUGCUGAAGAUCCCCAGUCGAAAAUCCAACCAGAACUAGUCGAGAAGAAGCUCGUCGAAGAAAGCCGCAAGGCCGGUGCACUUGCAUAUCAAUUCAACCCGAAUGACCCGCCAGAAGAGAAAGCAAAAGCCGCGAUUGCUAGCCUUCCUCCCGAUUUCCACAACCCAAACAAACAAGAAGGAGUUGCGUUGGUAUUAGAUCAAGACAUAACCGGCCCCCCCCAGUACGAUCUUCCAUCCACAGAUGAAGUCGCGCACGACGUCAAACAAGUCACCACCUUGAGCGAAGCCAAGAAGAAAUCUGGGCAGAAUGGACAGCUCACAGAAGAUCAACGAUGGGCUCGCGAUCGCACUGGAUGGGCGCCACAAUUCGUCAAACCAGACGAAAAGCGAGAAGAUGCCGAAACACUGUUGGAUCACCGUACAUUCUUGGAGGAAAAGCUUGGUGAUAAGUUCUUUGGAGAUUGGUAUCACAAUGCUGCUGUUAUCGUCUUCGCCUGUCUUGCGUCCUGGAUCAUUGCAGUGCUCGGAGGCGGCCUAGGCUGGGUCUUCCUGGUGAUGGCGACAUGUGGCACCUACUAUCGCACAUCUAUCCGCCGCGUUCGCCGUAACUUUCGUGACGAUAUCAAUCGAGAAAUGGCCAAGCAGCGCCUGGAAACGGACUCGGAGAGCCUGGAAUGGAUCAACGGCUUCUUGCUCAAGUUCUGGCCAAUUUAUGCCCCCGUUCUUUGUGAUACUAUCAUCAACUCGGUUGACCAGGUUCUAAGUACUGCCACCCCGGCCUUCCUCGAUAGCCUCCGGAUGAAGACUUUUAUCCUCGGAACCAAACCACCACGUCUCGAACAUGUUAAGACUUACCCUAAAACCGAGGUUGAUACCGUUAUCAUGGACUGGAAGUUCAGUUUCACACCAAAUGAUACCAUGGACAUGACUGCCCGCGAUCUCAAGGACAAGGUCAACCCCAAGGUGGUCCUCGAGGUUAGAAUUGGUAAGGGUUUGGUCAGCCAUGGCCUCGAUGUGAUUGUGGAAGAUUUUGCUUUCUCAGGUUUGAUGAGGGUCAAGAUGAAGUUGCAGAUUCCCUUCCCUCACAUUGAACGUGUUGACAUUUGUUUCUUGGGGCGCCCCGAGAUUGACUACGUUUGCAAACCUCUCGGUGGAGAUACUCUCGGAUUCGACAUCAACUUUAUCCCCGGUUUGGAAGGUUUUAUCAAAGAGCAGAUUCACGGAAACCUUGCGCCAAUGAUGUACGAACCCAAUGUCUUCCCUAUUGAAAUUGCAAAGAUGCUUGCAGGCAACCCUGUGGACCAGGCAAUUGGUGUUGUUGCUGUUACUAUUCAAGGUGCUUUCAACUUGAAGGGAUCUGGACGCAUCGGAAACACGAUCGAUCCAUACUGUUCGAUUUCUAUCAACAACCGGGACGAAUUGGCACGUACGAAAACGAUCCGAGACACAAACGAACCACGCUGGAACGAGACUCAUUACAUCAUCAUCACUUCGUUUACCGAUUCAUUAACACUGGGUAUUUUCGACUAUAAUGAUCUUCGCAAAGACCAAGAGUUAGGAAUUGCGACCUUCGCACUUGACAAACUUGAAUCACAGCCCGAGCAUGACAGUCUGUCUUUGGACAUCUCAUACAGCGGUAGAAGCCGCGGUGUUUUGAAAACUGAUAUUCGAUUCUUCCCUGUUUUAGGGGGCCGAAAGCUUGAAGACGGCACAGAGGAACCAGCGCCAGAGCUGAACACGGGUGUUGUACGAUUUACUGUUGAACAGGCCAAAGAGCUGGACGGAAGUAAGAGUCUUAUCGGCUCUCUCAAUCCUUAUGCUGUUUUAUUGUUGAAUGGCAAGGAGCUGCAUGUGACAAAGAAAUUGAAGCGUACCAACAACCCCAUUUUCCAGAACUCGUCCAAGGAGAUUCUCAUUACAGACCGGAAGCAUGCCAAGCUGGGCCUUGUCAUCAAGGAUGAUCGCGACCUAGCGACUGAUCCAGUCAUCGGAAGCUAUCAAAUCAAAUUAGAUGAUAUGCUUAACAUGAUGGCCAAGGGCCAAGAGUGGUAUUCACUUAAUGGUGCCAAGACUGGGCGUGUUAAAAUGAUGAUCGACUGGAAACCUGUUGCUUUGCGUGGUAUUGUUGGUGGUGCCGGCUAUGUGUCACCUAUCGGCGUGGCACGUAUCCAUUUCAAAGGCGCCAGCGAACUACGAAAUUUCGAAACUAUGGGCAAGUCAGAUCCGUAUGCCCGUGUUUUGCUUAACGGCAUCCCCGGCGGUCGCACGGUCACUUACCAAAAUAAUCUCAAUCCCAUAUGGGACGAAAUUGUUUACGUUCCCGUCCACAAUCUGCGAGAGAAGUUGACACUAGAGGUUAUGGACGAAGAAAACCUAUCAAAGGACCGUAGCCUGGGCGAAGUCGAAAUUGCAUUGUCGGAUUACAUUCACGAGAACGAAAAUGGUGAGUAUGAAGUCGACGAGGAAAAGCAAGACAUAAAGAGUGGUCUUCGCAUGAACGGACGUGGCGCUGCCAAGGGAUUCCUCAAUUAUAACAUUGCUUUCUACCCAACCUUGAAUGUGUACGAUCCCGAAGAGGAUGCCGAGGAGGAGAAAGCAGAUGAUGCACUCGCUAGUCUUCCAUCCCAAGGAAAUUCCAAACAGAGCGUCGACUCCACAGGCAAAAGUCUGGAUCGGGGAAGCAGCGAUGCUCCCAAGCCUGGCACGGAUGUUAAGCCCAACGGCCGACCCAGCAUCGAUACCGCUGCUUCUAAAGCUGCAAGCAAUGGUGAUUUGGCGUCUCCUACAUCUUCAAAAGCUGUGGCACAGGAACGUCCUAAGAUCCGCAUUGAGGCUGCAGACCUGACAAAAUACGAAUCGGGUCUAAUUGUCUUCAAGAUCAUCGAUGGGCAGCUAUCGCACACCAAUGUCCAGCUUGAAGUUCUCGUCGAUGAUCAAAUGUUCUCCUCGUACACUUCGAUGAACAUCAAAUCUCGAGAUGUAACAUUCCAAGAUGUCGGUGAUGCAUUUAUUCGUGAAUUAGACAUGUCCCAGCUCACCCUUCGACUUGUUGAGAAAUCCAACGAUAGGGAUCAAAAGCACGUCAUUGCCAAAUUGACUGGCGACACAUUAUCUACCUUGCAGCGCUGUCUCUACACUCCUACCGAGUUAUCGCUCCGGGCCGAUAAUGGCGCAGUUAGCAAGAUCAAAGUAAGCUUGCGAUUCAUCCCUGUGCAGAUGAAGUUGGACCCUCGCGAAUCGAUCAACAACUCGGGCGAGCUGCGUGUCGACGUGUUGGACGCUGCAAACCUUCCAUCCGCGGAUCGUAACGGAUACAGUGACCCCUACUGUAAGUUCAAACUAGAAGGCAAGGAUGUCUACAAGACCAAGGUCCAAAAGAAGACCUUGCAUCCUGCAUGGAAUGAAUUCUUUGAAACGUCCAUCAAGUCCCGGAUCGGUGCCAAUUUCCGAGUGGACGUCUAUGAUUGGGACUUUGGAGAUAAAGCGGACUUUUUGGGUGGAGCUGGCAUCGAUCUCGGCAUGCUCGAACCGUUUCACCCACAGGAAGUUAACCUUGACCUGGAUGGAAAGUCGGGUGCAAUUCGUCUCAAGCUCCUUUUCAAGCCGUCCUAUGUAACAAAAACACGACAAGGAAAAUCCACCAUGUCUGGUACUUUUGCGCCCGCCGGCAAGAUUGUAGGAGCUCCUGUCAAAACAGUAGGCAUGGUCGGCGGUGGAGUUGUCAAAGGCGCAUCCUUCCUUGGUCGGGGUCUGAAGAGUCGAUUCACUAAUAAAGAAAGCGAAGGAAGCGGUACUUCGACGCCGGUACGCGAAGAGUCCCCCCCACAAACGCCCAGCAAGUCAGAGGGCGGUCUUGCGCGUGCUCCUGGCUUGGUUGUAGAGCCUAGCUCCCCAACCUCUUCUGUUGAUGUCCCCGAGAGCUUGAAUCGUCGUCACAGCCGCACUAAGAGUGUUAAAUCCCUGCUUGGCGACAAGGGUACCCCUGGAUCAAUCGGUGCUGAAACAGGGUCAGCUAUGUUUACCAUAGUCUCGGCCAGUGGAUUUCCACCAUCCACUAAUGUGCGCUGCCAUGUCCGCCUCAUGGGCACCAAGGGUGCGAAGGAGGUACACAAAACAAAGGCAGUCAAGAGUUCUAGCGGCUCUGUUCAGUUCGACGCAUCUCACGAGACGUUCAGGGUCCCUCACGUUCCGGCGGAUGCUCAAUACCAGUUGAAGGUGGUUGACCACAGCACAUUCGGAUCGGACUCUAGUCUUGGCGAAGCACUAUUCUUUGUUGACGAUCAAGGGUCUGCAAUGAUGAAGGAAAAGACCAUUACGGUUGGUUCUGGCAGCGUUGUCAUCAAGAGUGCCUUUGCGGCUAGUGAUCUCUCCAAUGGCCGACCCAGCACGUCUCAUUCGGUGAACCUGGAGGCACCGGAUGCCAAUGGUGACACUCCCGAUAAGAAGCGACGCAGCUUCUUGUCCAAGCGCAGUGUUAGUGGUGUAUAG